AUGUUGAACCUAGAUGAAACUAUCGAGGCGAUCAAAUUAUGCAAACAUAUACCAGAGUCAGAUGUUGAAGAAAUCUGCUCUAAGGCUAUUGAGUUAUUAAUCGAAGAGGCUAAUAUUCAGCAUGUUGACACACCGGUAACUAUAUGCGGGGAUAUACAUGGACAGUUGCAUGAUUUAAUAACUUUAUUCAAGACUGGUGGAGAAUGUCCGCAGACGCAGUACUUAUUCUUGGGAGAUUUUGUAGAUAGAGGGUUCUAUUCGUUAGAGAGUUUUUUAUUGUUGUUGACAUUGAAAGUGAGAUAUCCCGAUAAGAUAACGUUGAUUCGAGGGAACCACGAGUCGAGACAGAUAACUACCGUGUAUGGAUUCUAUGACGAAUGUGUUCGCAAGUAUGGUUCUGUGAAUGUGUGGCGAUACUGUUGCGAAGUGUUUGAUUAUCUCUCUCUAGGAGCAAUCGUAGGAGGCAAAGGAGGUGUGUUCAGUAUCCAUGGUGGGUUGAGUCCUGAUAUAGAUACAAUUGACCAGAUAAGGGUACUCGAUAGAAAACAAGAGGUACCUCACGAGGGGGGCAUGUGUGAUUUAUUGUGGUCGGAUCCAGAAUAUGUUCCUGGAUGGGCAAUAUCACCACGAGGAGCAGGUUUCCUUUUUGGUGAGAACGAGGUCAAUAGGUUCUUGCAGGUGAACGAUAUCUCUCUCAUUGCCAGAGCACACCAAUUGGUAAUGGAAGGAUACAAGGAAAUGUUCAACCAAGGCUUGGUAACUGUGUGGUCUGCUCCUAAUUACUGUUAUAGAUGUGGUAACAUUGCCCUGGUUCUAACUAUAGACGACAACCUAAAUCGUAAUUACAAAGUAUUUAAGGCCGCGUCUCAAGAUAUAACUGCUAUUCCAUCUAAGAAGCCCCCGGUGGACUAUUUCAUAUAG